UCCAGCGUUCCUGCAGACGCCUGGGAGAGUGGCCUCUGGCCGGCAGCCUCCCAUCACCAGCACUGUCCUGCAUUGUACGGAGUCUUGUGCGUACACGUGUGGACACCCCAGCCUGCAUGUCCCAGCUCCAUCCUACCCCUGCGAACAGUCACCUUUGGCCACUCUUCAGUGGUGCCUGGCGGCUCGAGUGUGCAGCAGCAGUGGAGGUACCAGUUGGCGGCGGCGGCGGCAGCGGCAGCAGCCACAGAAACAGCCCAACAGGUCAAAAGCACAAAACUUCAGGUUCAACCAGAGAAGAGGAAGCCCAAAACUGGGAUAUUAAUGCUAAACAUGGGAGGCCCUGAAACCCUCGGAGAAGUUCACGACUUCCUUCUAAGGCUCUUCUUGGACCGAGACCUCAUGACACUGCCUUUGCAAAAUAAGCUGGCACCAAUCAUCGCCAAACGCCGAACCCCCAAAAUCCAAGACCAGUACCGGAGGAUUGGUGGCGGGUCUCCCAUUAAGAUGUGGACCUCCAAGCAAGGAGAAGGGAUGGUGAAGUUGCUGGACGAGUUGUCCCCCCACACAGCCCCUCACAAAUACUAUAUUGGAUUUCGGUACGUCCAUCCUUUAACAGAAGAAGCAAUUGAAGAGAUGGAGAGAGAUGGACUUGAAAGGGCCAUUGCCUUCACACAGUAUCCACAAUACAGCUGCUCCACCACAGGCAGCAGCUUAAAUGCCAUUUACAGAUACUAUAAUGGAGUGGGGAAGAAACCUACGAUGAAAUGGAGCACCAUUGACAGGUGGCCCACUCAUCCCCUCCUCAUUCAGUGCUUUGCUGACCAUAUUCUCAAAGAACUGGACCACUUUCCACUUGAGAAGAGAAGCGAGGUGGUCAUUCUUUUCUCCGCUCACUCACUGCCAAUGUCUGUGGUCAACAGAGGGGACCCCUAUCCUCAGGAGGUAGGAGCCACUGUCCAAAGAGUCAUGGAUAAGCUGGGCUAUUCCAAUCCUUACCGACUGGUGUGGCAGUCCAAGGUUGGUCCGAUGCCCUGGCUGGGCCCUCAGACAAAGGAGGCUAUCAAAGGGCUCUGCGAGAGGGGCAGGAAGAAUAUCCUUUUGGUUCCAAUAGCGUUUACGAGUGAUCACAUUGAAACGCUGUUUGAACUGGACAUUGAAUACUCUCAAGUUCUAGCAAACGAGUGUGGAGUCGAAAAGAUCAGAAGAGCAGAGUCUCUUAAUGGAAAUCCAUUGUUCUCUAAGGCCCUGGCCGACUUGGUGCUCUCACACAUCCAGGCCAAUGAGCGCUGCUCCAAGCAGUUGACGCUGAGUUGUCCGCUCUGUGCUAAUCCUGUCUGCAGAGAGAUGAAAUCCUUCUUCACCACCCAGCAGCUGUGACCCCUGGAAGAAGACCCAGCCCCCAGAUAACUCCCGUGGGGACGGAGAUGCCAUUUAGAGCUCAAGAAAGAAGUUAUGUUACUGUGUGUUUACGGCCUUUGGGUACAAAUCACUGGAUUUUUUUGAGGAAUGGACUCUGAAAUUCUUCUUGAGGAAAUUAUAUUUUUAUAUACUUACGCAAUGAACAUUAUAUUCCCUCUCUCUUUUUUUUUUUUUUUGGAUAGUUACUAGUUUGGAAUGUCCACUACACAAUUAAAAAAAAAUGAGUUGUAGAAAUCUUUUCUUAGGAGAGGCACACAUUUUUUCAAAAUACAGGUUUUGGUUUUUAGUGUCCAAAAAACAUCCUGCAAGGUUCUUUAGAGGGUCCCCCUCUCUGGGGACUGUCACAGGAGUGAUAUCUCAUUGCAGUCUCCUGCACGUAGUUUCAGUUUUAAAAUGAAUGUAUAUGAGUGUGUGAUAUGUAAUUUGAAAAUCGGAUGCUAUCUAAUCGCUCCCUAACCCCGUGGUUACUGAAUGCAGGCGAGGUGGCCUGGUUGCCUGCAACGGCUGCUUUUGUCAGUGAUUGUUGUUUUUGUUGUUGGGUUCCAUCCAGUCCAUUCAACUCCUAGCCACCCCAUGUGACAGGGCAGAACUGACUUUUAGGGUUUUCUUGGCUGAUUGCUAGGUCUUUCUCUUUCAAAGCCACUGAGUGAGUUUGAUCCGCCAACCUUUUGGUGGGCGGCCGAGCACUUAACUGCUGUGUCACCAGGGCUCCUUAUUUUUCCAGUGAGGCCACCAUUAAUUGGUCGUUUGGCUACUUUGUGUGACCCUUACUUUCCUCACCGUAAAACCAAAUCAAGUGCAGGUUCCAUGAGUGCAUUGAAAUUCCCCAGGCACACGAGGCUGGGAAACAUGUAGAAAUCUGCUGCGUGUCAUACCUGCUGUGGUGGGAAGCUGUGGUGCCAGAGGGAAGGAGGCCUCACUGCUGGUCUUCAAGGACAGUUGUUCUGGGGAGUGCUUCCAGCAUCCCUCUGGGGGCCCUCGUGCACAUCCACCCAGCGUCAUCUUUAUUGCAGCUUAUUGUUUCUCACCUGCGUAUUUAAGAAUUGUUUGUAAAGUCAACUAUGUUUUGUACCCUUGAAUUCUUAUCAUUUUUUAAAAUUAUAAACAUUAUAUGGCCAUGUUAUAGGGAGAAAGAGAAAAGAAAAUAACCACUCUAAUGUAACAACUAUUAUGUCUUUGGAUUUCAUGCCGGUCUCUUUCUGUGGAUAUUUUUAAUGCCAUUGAAUUUGUGAGUGUGAAGUUGUUCUAGGAAUGUAGAUUUAAGUGUAUUAAAGAAAUCUCUGAUGGAUCUAUAGAGAUUUAAGUGUAUUAAAGAAAUCUCUGAUGGAUCUAUAGAGAAUCUGUAAUGAUUAUUCUUUUCUCCAAGCCUGAAAACUAAUCUAGUUCAGAAAGUAGAAGUAUUCGAAGAUUCACAGAUCUUUAUAUUCAGGAUUUACUAUGUUAAUAAAUAUUACAAUCUCAUUAAGGUUUUAACCAGUUUGCCUCAUGCUGUCUGCUAAUAAAUCCAAACCAAUAAAAAUUAGUUAAUAAUAAAAAUUAUUAAAUAUGAGGAGUUUAUUUUAUAAUACAUGAAAAGAAACAUGCCAUCCACUUUAGUUAAUAGUUUUCCUACAAUGGUAAAAACAGCCCUGAAAUUUGAGUAGCAUCUAAUUUAUUUUUUCUUUCAAAUUGGCAUUUCUAUUAAUAGAUUGUGUUUCUGGUGGAAGUUACAAGGCAUAGACAGUUGUUUAGAAUUGUCCUCUGUCCUUUAGUUCAGCUUUUUGGUGCUCAGGUUCAAAGCAGACCUCUAGUGCCUGUCUCACCAAGAAGUGAAUUCUCUUAGUUGCAGGGGGUGCUGGAAGACAGGUUAUGAACAUAAGCCAUCCUUCUGUCCUUGACCUUGCUGAGGCUUCACUUCACUUCUUCAGCUGCUUUAAGGUGUGCGGGUAUUAUUAUGGAGAUGGUGCAGAAAACUCAAAAGUCUAGGAAAUUUAUGGAGUAAUAUCCUUGAUACUGAAUUGGGGCCAGACCAGCCUGGGUUAUGACAGGAAAAGGAGAAUUUAGGGGAUAGCUCCCCACGGCUUCUGGUGCUCCAAAAGUGUUACCUCUGACUUGUUAACUGUAGAUGAGUCAGGGCCACAAGUGAGGGUAACAUUUGUUGCAGCGGUCAGGUCCCAUCAAGUCGGUUCUGACACAUAGCGACCCUAAAUACAACAGAAGAGAACACUGCCCGGUCUUGUACCAUCCUCACAAUUGUUGCUAUGUUUGAGUUCAUUGUUACAACCACUGUGUCAAUCCGUCUUAUUGAGGGUCUUCCUCUUUUUCACUGACCCUCUACUUUACCAAGCAUAAUGUCCUUCUCCAGAGACUGAUCCCUCCUUAUAACAUGUCCACAGUGUAUGAGGUGAAGCCUCACCGUCCUUGCUUCUAAGAAGCAUUCUGGCUGUACGUCUAAGACAGGUAGCCUUUGGUAGGACAAAAUUAUUGAUGGCUCUUUUUAGAGCUAAUAGUCUUUAGGGAUUGUUGUCCUGUUUGUCAACUUUGGAAAUACAAAUGUUUGCACUGGUAAUUAGCAAUGAACUGCUGGCAGUUUCUUCAAGCUGUGCUCAUGUACAGAUCUGGCUUUAAAUUGAUGAAUCAGCUUCUCGUACAGAAAGCUCGCAGGUGCUUGAGAUUAGGCAGUUUAGCUGUCAGUUACUAUAAGGCCCAGGCCCCCUGUAUAUAGAUAUAGCCCAUAGGGGCAGAACUUAUCUAAAUAAUACACAUUCUUGAACUACUUACCUUUUUAAAAUGAAAAGAAAUUUUCACACUCAAAAGAAAAUUGGCUUCAUAUCAGGAGAAAUGAAUGCACUGUUUGACGCCUUUUAAAUGUGUAGCAGCAGCUUGUUGGUGCUGACUAAAUAGUAAAUAACCAUGACUUGUCCUGAUAACACCCCAGAGGACACAUCCCGGCCGGAGUAACGCACAUUAGCAGAGUGUAUAAUGUUUCCUGACCAUUCCAUUCAGUCUUUAUGGCUGAAACUACUCAGGCAGUGAUGGUUAUGCAGGUAUGAAAAAGUGGGGUUUUCUGCUCUUCCUUGCCCAAAUCAAGCCUGUUCGGAGGCAUAUGAACCAUCCUGAAGUAAUACCAAGUCAUUUACCUCUUCAGCUGAUCUUAGAAAUAGAUUUUCUUUAUCCUCUUUUUGGAGGAAAUACAUUGAUUUGAUGGGAUUGGUUACUUAGGAUAAAGUCACUGCAUUUUUUUUUCUCUCAGCUAAUCUGUUCGUAUAAGUUGUAUAUUUAAUUCAAAAAAAUCCUCACUUAACUCAUGUAAGAUUGUUUGCUCAGUCAGCUAUUACACCAUGGCGGUGGGAGGAUCAGGUUGCUGUGCACACCACUAAGCAGAGACAAGUGAGAGAGUGAACUUGACCACUGCAGCCUGCCAUGCGGAGGGGUUGAGGGCAGAACUUAAAGCUGGAGACCUUAGGAAAGAACUAACAUCGUGUGUGAGUGUGUGUGUGCACAUGCGUGUGCGCCCACCUGCACACAGGUACCUAAGUCAGGAGUUAGUGCCUGCCUGUGUCUCUAAGUUCUUAACCCAAAAACCUUCCAUGAGAAUCCUGAACAUGGGCACAGGAACAUACUCCCCAACAUUAGGUGGAAAUGGGAAAUUCUUUGAGAUGUCACAAACCAGAAAAAGAAAAUUCUAAGUUGACACAGAAACUAACCUGUCGCCGUUGAGUCGAUUCUGACUUCUAGCGACCCUAUAGAGCAGAGUAGAACUGCCCCAUAUGGUUUCCAAGGAGCAUCCAGUGGAUUCGAACUGCCAGCCUUUUGGUUAGCAGCCGUGGCUCUUGAACCAGUGCCCUAAAUGAAGAGUUCAGCUCUUCUAAAUUAGUUCCUAGUUCUUAAUAACAAGAUGGGCAAUCUUCAGACGAAAGUGAAUCACUGCUUUAAUCAUUUCUAAAAAUUAUAGAUUGGAAACAUUUAAUCAAGGUUGUGCUCCUGAAAGACUUUGUAAAUACUGUACACAGGAGUUUUGUCCCAAUUGCUCGAUAAUUGAGAUUCCUUUUUAACAAGUCCCUUCAGUAGCUUUCCCCAGACCAGGUGGCUUUCCAUGACACUCAAAUUUCACUUUAUAGAAACUAGCAUCAUAAGAUUUCAGGGAACAUAUGUUGAAUGUAUUACAUAAAACGAACAUUGGGAUUAUUCAGGAAACCUGAAUUCUGCUUAAAUCGUUGCCAGUUAAAAUAUUUAAACGUGUUGUAAUUAUGUUGACGUUUCAUGUACUUUCCUUCUAGCAUUCACGGAUAAUUCAAACAGUGGCACCUGAAAACUUAAAAAAUUAAUUUUGCCAGAUAGCUUCCAGCUGGAUAGUUGUAUGGUCUCUGACCUUUGCUUUUAAAGUCGCGUUUCUUUUUAAAAUGCACUUAUUUUGAAAAGUGUAAAGUGCAUGGGAGUCCCUGGGUGGUGCAAACAGUCAACAUGCUUGGCUGCUAACUGAAAGAUUGGCAGUUUGUGUCUACCCAGAGGUGCCUCAGAAGAAAGGCCUGCCAAUCUACAUCUGAAAAAUCAGCCACUGAAAACCCUGUGGAGCACAGUUCUGCCCUGACAUACAUGAGUCAGAAUCAACUCCAUGGCAACUGGUUUUUAAAGUGUGCAGAGCUUUAUAGCACAGAGUCAAGUGAUGGGUACCCAUGGAUGCUGAAGAGAAGUAGCUUGAUGCGGCUGAUGUAUGUUGGAUGGAGUUAAUAUGAUGAGCAAUUAUAGCAGGUGGUGCCCUAUAGUCAGACUAACGCUCCCCAUGUGUGAUGAGUCUUACAGGAGCUCUGGGAAGUGUCUGCCUCCAGAAAACACGUACAUGGCGCCCUAGGAUCCCAGGAGAGGAAGAAAGGCUUUUUCCUUCUGUUGUGGGAAUCUUAUUAUGCCUUUCCAUAGAGAAAAGGGAGUGGAAAACAAAUGCACAUCAUGAUAGUCAGUUUCUUACAAUAUAAGUUGAUAGUGUUGGCCUUGUUUUUAGCUGAAAUCAUUAGCUUCCAUUUUUAGUAGAACAACAACUAUUGGCUCAAUUAGUAUGCAGUAUGCCAUUGAGACAGAUGUUGGAAUUAAAAACUUUCUUGGAAAAAAGUCUAGCCUAAGCCUGCAUUGAAAGCCCAGGGGCAGGAAUCGGGUCCUUUCUCUGGUUUCUUGAUAGUUGUCCCUCUGACGUUUCCAUUUCUGGGCACACGCUUAGUCAGCCUGCUCCUGACAUGGGCCACACGGACCAACAUUUCUCUUUCCAGCCUCCCCUGUGGGUCAAAGCUGUACUUCCCUUACAUGUUAAAAAAUAAGAGAAAGAUUCUACCGUGAGAGUUCGCGAAGCAAUCUGUGUUUUUACCUUUACCCUGUUUUCAAAAAUUGUAUAUAUGGGAUGGAAAUGACUGCGCAGAUGCACAAGCAGUUGAAUGCUGGCUUACAAGCUGAUUGUAAAAUUGUCAGGCUGUUAAAGACAGCCAUCAUUAAACAUUAUGUAAUUUACAAUUAAAUUGUAUUAAAAAUAAAGGUGGCAAAUGGGCAAAA